AUGGACGCGUUCGCGCGGAGGAAAGCGGACACGCUCGCGGAGCUCGCGAUCGACGGAGGCGACUUCUCCCGAGCCGGUCACGUCGACGAGCGCGCGCGCCCAGUCGUCGCGCUCGUGAACCGUCACCCCGACUUCUUCACGACGUCCUCGUGCGCGGGCCGCGUCAGCGUGUUCGCGGACCCGACGACGGCGACGCGCGCGGCCGGGAUGAAAGGCGGCGAGUGGGUGUACGUCAACCACGACCCCGCGGACGCCGCCGACGUCCUCGCCGCGGUGCGAUCGAAGCUCGGGGCGAGCGACGCCGCCGGCGCGUCCGCGCCGGACCCGGAGUGCACGCUCGUCCUGCGGUUCGAGCCGUUCAUCCUGUCCGUGGAAGCGAAGACGACGCGCGCCGGCGCCGCGCUCGUCGCGGCCGCGAGAGACGCGGGGUACCGCGAGAGCGGCGUCACCGCGUGCGACAGGCGAACGAUCAUCGCGGUGCGUUGCUCGAUACGCGUGGAGGUCCCGAUCGUGUCGCGCGGCGUCAGGCUCGUCUCCGAGGACGCGCUCGUCAGGCUCGUGGAGAUCGCGAACGAGAAGCACGCGCUCAACGCCGCGCGCAUGGAGCGGUUCGUCGUGACGUUCGCGAAGGCGUUCGGCGCGGACCUCGUGCGCGCGGCGAGCGCGGGGGGCGGGGACGCGGGCGCGACCGCGGGCGCGAGCGAGGGGGAAGACGCGGGGGGGGACGCGACCUCGGGGGCGGCGUGGGUAUAUACGGUAGAUAAGAACGUCGCGAAGCGAUGCAAGGACGCGCUCAAGGCGAACGCGUGGCUGGAUAAGACGCGGAAAGCGGGCGGCGGCGGCGGCGGCGGCGGCGGCGGCGGUGGCGCGCGCGUCGCCCUCCCCGUGACCGCAGCCGGCGCUGUCGCUCUGCUGAAACUCGUCGCGGAGGACGCGUGCGACGAGAACCCCGCGGCGGCGGCCGUGCGAGACGGCCACGCCGCGGUGCUGCGUUCGAACGACGGCGCGGGCGACGUCCCGUCGCUGCGGCGGAAGACUCGGCAGGUCACCCCCGCGGCGGCGAUCAAAUCCGCGGCGACGUCGCUCCUGUCCGCGCGCGACGCCGCGUCUGCGUCGGUGACGAGUCAGAUCCCGACGCGAUGGGAGAAGCUCGGCGAUCUCGCGCUGCUGCCGUCGAGCUCGUUCUCGGACGAGACGGUGUGGACGAGCGACGUGCGAACGGAGCUCUGGCCGCUUGUCGCCGCCGCGCUCGGCGUGGGUCGACUCGCGAAACAGGCCGAGGUGUCGCGAGGACCGAAACGCGAAUCCCGGGCGGUCAUGGUGUACGACCCUAAAAAUAUCGGCGGGUGGGUGGAACUGAAAGAAAACGGCGUGAUCUACACCCUGGACGUCACGAAGGUGAUGUUCAGCAGCGGGAACGGCACGGAGAAGCAUCGGAUGUCGACGCAACCUGCGGCGGGGGAGACCGUCGUCGAUUUAUACGCGGGCAUCGGGUACUACACCUUGCAGUUAUUAAAACACGCGGGCGUCUCGAAAGUGUACGCGUGCGAGUGGAACCCCAACAGCGUCGCGGCGUUGAAGAAGAACCUCGUCGCGAACGAGAUCGACGAGAGACGGUGCGAGGUGCUGGAAGGCGACAACAACAGAACCGCGCCUCGCGGCGUCGCGGAUCGCGUCCUUCUCGGUUUAUUACCGGACAGCGAGCGCGCGUGGCCGACCGCGGUCGCGGCGCUUCGGCCCGAGACCGGGGGCGUGAUGCACGUCCACGGGAACGUCGCGAGCGGGGAAGAAGACGCGUGGGCGCGGAGACUCGAGAGAGAAGUCGCGGAGAUGGCCGCGACCGCCGGGAUGGACUGGGCCGUGCGCGUGGAACACGUGGAGAAGGUCAAGUGGUACGCGCCGCGAGUGCGCCACGUCGUCGCGGACGUGAGGUGCGCGCCGAGGCGGCUCGCGACCGCGUGGGCGGUGGGCGUGAACGCCGCGACGUCGCCGCGGUCGUCCUUGACCAUCGCGGGCGAGGGGAAGAUGCGAGCGAGGAGAAAUCCGGAGGGGGCGGCGGUCGCCGUCGCCGCCGCUCACUCGUGUCGCGCGCCUCCUCUUUCUGACGGCACCGUGCGUCGCAUGCACCGACCCACGGAGAGGACGUUUCGAGGCGAGGGCGGGCCGGUGCGAACGCGCGUGCCGUGCGUGUUGACCGGGUUAGACCUCGGACCGGCGCCGUGGCUGUGGUCGCCGGCGCACCUCGCGGCGAAGCCGUCCGUCGCGGCCGCGGACGUCAGCGUGCACGUGUGCGACAGCCCGCACCUCGAUUUCGUGAGAAAAAACUUCAAGUACGAAGUCAUGAAGUUCGGCGACCUCCUCGAGUCGCUCUCGAAAGAGACGACGACGACGGGUGAAGACGCGAAGAAGACGUGGUUGUACCUGCGGAGCAUAGGAAAGAACCCGCGUAAGGAAGCCGCGCACGCGUUGGAGCAGUUCCCUGACUUGAAGGCCGAGCUCAAGCUCCCGAGCGACUUGCUCUGGGGCGCCCACGACGACGACGCGUACUUCAGCACCGUGAUGCGUUGCUCCAGCGGCGGAACGCGCCUGUGGACGCACUACGACGCGAUGGACAACGCGCUCGUGCAGCUCCAUGGCGAGAAGCGGGUUUUGCUGUUUCCCCCGUCCGCCGCCGCGGGGUUGUACCUCAGCGGGAGCUCAUCUCCGGUCGUCGGGCCGUUCGUGGACGGCGACGGCGGCGUCUGGCCGACGGAACAGUACCCCGCGUACGAACGCGCGAGGAGGCGCGCCGUGGAGGUGAUUCUCCAACCCGGGGACGUCCUCUUCAUCCCGGCGUUGUGGUCGCACCACGUCGAGUCUUUGCACGGUCCGUCCGUCGCGAUGAACGUUUUCUUCAGAGAGCUCCCGAGGGCGGCGUACCCGAGCAAGGAUUUAUACGGCAACGCGGACCCGAUAGCCGCGGGAAAAGCGCUCGAGAUGUGCGAGAGCGCGGCGAAGGAGCUGGCGUCGUUGCCGCGCGAUCACAAGGUGUUUUACGGCGGCGUCGCCGCCGCGAAGUUACUCAGGGACUUGCGCGUGGAAACCGACGUUAUGGGGGUGACGCCGGGCGGGAGUGGCCACCGGACGAGACCGGAGCUGCUUCCGGGGAAGUGGGCGGACGCCGCGAAGGGCGCGGCGCUCGCGGUCGCCAUCGUCGGCGCGGUCUCGGUCGCGACUGCGGGGUGGAAACGGGCUUCGUGA